AUGGGAACCCAGAGACAGGUCGAGCAGCAGCAGGAGGGAGACACGAGAGCAGGGCGUCGGGGCCACGGAGGAAUGCAAGCGGCCACUCGCUUCGAUCUGACUCAUCGAGUGGGAGGAGAGACGGGUGGUUCUGGUGGCGGAUUAGGUAGUGGCGAGGGAGUGGAAGGCGGGGGAUCGGGGCAUGGGAGGAAGCACAGCAGAGUGUCCACGAUGACCCACCUGCUGGAUUCCGAGCUAGAGGAGGACAUGGCUCGGGAGGUGGCUCGGCAGGAGAAGCUGGCAGACGUGAUUGCCAUUGCUGGGGGCGACAUGCCGCAGCUGCCAGUGCAGGUGGGAGAGGACAAGGAGGAGCGGCAGCAGCACGGGGAGGUGACAUGUGUGUGGAACGCACAUUCUUCCCCCUACCAUUACGGUAUUACCUUCCUCCCUCCUCGCACUCUCCCAGGAGCUAGAGGACAAGGAAGAGCGGCAGCUGCACCACGAAGUGACUCGUGUAACCUUCUCACACCUAUAACCCUUCUCUCCUCCCCUUCCCCCUUCCCCCACCCACCACACCUCCAGGAGCUAGAGGACAAGGAGGAGAGACAGGUGCACCGUGAGCAGGAGGUACAAGUCAAGGAGGAGCGGAAGCGGCACCUGCACCGCGAGGUGACGCAUAUAGAACACAUUCGUUCCCCACCUUCCUCCCUCCUCGCACUCUCCCAGGAGCUAGAGGACAAGGAGGAGAGGCAGUUGCACCGCGAGGUGACGCAUAUGGGCGGCGAGCUGCGGUCGAUGCGGCGGGUGCUGCUGGAUCUGAGUGUGGAGCGGUGCAACGUGGAGCGGGCUCUGGAGCACGUGCACUGGCAGGUGGACUCGUUCGACGCCGUCAAGGCCAUGCAUAGCACGCAGUUCCACCUGCUGCAGCUGAUGGCACAGACGGAGGUGCUAAAGGACCUGCUGCAGAUGGAGAGGGAGGAGAACGAGCACGUCGAGAGCUUUGUGCGCCUCGCCCUGGCCGACCUGGAGGCCAGCGGCCCCAACAGCUUCCUUCUCGAGGCGUCCUCUGUGGACCUGCUGGAAACCCUCACCGCCUGCUACAUCAACCAGGGCUCCGGCUUCACCCCCCUGGCUGGCACUGGCGCUGCUGGUAUGGGCUUCGGUGGCGCUGCUGCUGGUGGGGAAGGGGGGUUGUGGGGGAGCGGGAGGAGGAGCCGGCGGGAGCAGGUGGUGCAGGGCGGGGAGUGGGGGAUAGGCGCAGGAGAGGGGGGUUUUGGGGGGAGUGGAGAGGAGGGAGGGGAAUUUGGGGAGGGUGAGGGGGGUGGAGGGGGGUUAUGGGAAGGAUUACCCACAGGCUUACCAGGGUAUGGGGAUGGGGAGGAUGAGGAUGAGUAUGAAGGGGAGGGGGAGAGGGAGAGGGGCCGACAUGGGAGUGCGCAUGGCGGGAGGCACAACGGAGAAGCCAGUAUUACAGUGGGGUCUAGAGGGAUGGGCAGUGGUAGGCGGAGCAGCAGCAGCGCCAGCAGGAGAGUGGCUCGCUCUCACAGUACCAACUCCCCUGGCUUUCCAGGGGGCAGCAGGGACGGACACACGGACCUGGGGUCAGGGUUUGAGGGCGAGGGGGAGGGUUCUUCUGGGGGAGGUAGUCCUGUUGCUGGUGUGGGGGGUGCAAGAGCGGGUUUGCCUCUGGGGGUGUCUGAACGGGUUCGAACUCGCAGUCUGCGUCGCCACCGCAGCAGGCACUCAGAGGAUGGGUUUGAACCCAGCCGUCUGGGCGGCAGCCCUGGGCGCUACAGUCCGGGGCAUGCCGCCCUUGAGCACGCCGGGAGCGGCUCGCCGCCCAUGGCGUCACACUCGCCGCCCAUCGUUCCUCGCUCGUUCACCCACCAUGGGGUUGCGGCUAGCAAGCUUUCGCAGGCAGGAGCAGGUGGAACGGCAGGCGUGGGGUAUGCUCAUGCGCGUGACAGUUCUCAUGACAAUGCUUUUGAUGGUGAUGAGGAUGACGAUGGGUCGGUGGGGAGUGAGGAGGACGAGGAGUACGCUCGUCUCAUGGGGCUCGGAGGCUCGGAAAUGCGUCUGCAGGAUCCGCAGCAGCAGCAGCAGAAGCAGCAGGCGCUGGUUCGGCGGUCAGCCACGGCGCCAAUCAAGUCACUCAGGUCUGGGGCGUCCCCGGGCCUGGCGGGAGGCUCGGGAAGCAUGCACGAACGGGAGGUGCGGAAGAGUGGUUCGGACGAGGCGGAGGAAGGGGGGGAGGGGGAGGAGGGCAGCGAGGGGGCAAACGAAGACUCAACUAUGGAUCCCAUGGCCCAGCUCCCUGGUCUCACCCCGAGCAUGCUCUGUGCAAGCCGCAGCCCCGACCGCCCCCGUCCCGCCCCGCGCCCCCGCCCGCCUAUCAGCAAGUUCGCCUCCUCCCCCAGUUCCGCGCUUAACACUGCUGCUGCCUCAUUCAUUCCCAGUUCUGCCCCAACCAGUAGCAGCGUUGCUGGUCUGGGGGGUGAUCGGCCCCCUGCUGCAGCUGCAGCUGCGUCAGUGCCAGCAAUAGCAGCAGGAGCAGGAGCAGGGGGGGCAGCAGGGUCCUACCCAUCAAUGGAGCCAAUCCCCAGUGCUAUUGCCCGAACCCGCUCUGCCGGAUCUGACUUCCUCGAGCGAGGCUCGGCCGGGGCUGCUGGUCCGGUAGCUGGGCUGCUUAAGACAGUCAGGUCUAGGGAGAGAUCUCGCAGCGGCAGUGGGGGCAGGGGGGAAGGGGGAGGAGGCGGGGGCAGCAGGGGUGGUUCGUGGGGAUCGGCAGGUUCACUGGGAGAGCUUGUGGGGGAAGAGGACUUAGAAGCAUUCAUGGAUUAUGAGAGCCAGGGAGGAUCCGGGUCCGAUGUGCGCAGGCGCACACGGGCGGGUAGAGGGGGGAUGGCUGCAGGAGGAGGGGGAGGAGGAGGAGGAGGAGGAGAGAGUGGGAGUGGAGGGAGGGAGUGGGGCGGGGCAAGGGAGAGGUCUCUCGGGGACAUUUUAGAGUCGGUGGUGUCAUCGAGUGAGGCUGAGAUGGCGGAUAAGCGCAGGGACAGGUGGCGCCGAUCCAAGGACAAGAUCCUACGGUCGAAAUCGCGCAAGAGCGAUAAGGCUGGCGCUGCUGCUGGUGCUGGUGCUGCUGGUCGGGCUGGGGGCGGCACCACUGGUGGGGCUGGCAGUGCUGCUGGUGCUGGGAGCGGCGGGUUUAGAGGCAGGAGAGAGAAGGCGCAUGGAUUCGGUUCAGAUGCCACUUUUGCUGAGGAAUUCGAGGAGGAGGGUGAGACAGGGGAUGGAGGGGCGGGGGGCAUGCAUGCCAGCAAGCUGUCUGUGGCAUCAGUGGACUCUCUCAGUCGCUGGAAUUCUGUUCCCGCUGUCUCUGAUGAUUGGGUCGACUCUAUAAGCGCUUCUGCUCCUCCUCCUGCUGCCGAGUUGGGAGAUCAGCAGUGGGAGGUGGAGGGUGAGGGCGCCAGCACAGGCAUAGCUGCAGCAGCAGUGGCAGCAGCAGGGGGUGCAGCAGAGGGUGCAGCAGAGGCAAGUGCAGGAGAGCUGGCAAGCGUGGAAUCCGCCCCAGCCUUGUUUGUGGGCUUUCAGGCAGGGAAGGACAGCAGCGCUGCCGACCCUGGCAGUAACCAAUCUGCGUCUGCUUCACCACCAUCAGCAGCCGCACCAGCCGCAACAGGAGCAGCAACAGGAGGAGGAGGAGGAGGGGGAGGGGGAGGUGCAGCAGGAGGGGGGGAAGCAGGCCUGCCACCAUCAGUGACUCGGACGCGGUCAGCAGAGGUGGCGAGGGGGGCGGCAGCAGGGCACAGGAGCGCUCGCAGUAUCUCCGACAUGCCCCCACGCCCUCGCUCAGUCUCCAUUGCUGACGACCCUGCCUCCAGCUAUGGCGCCUCUGGUGCUGCCUCUGGUGCUGGGUCUUUGGCUGUCGGGGGCGCGGCUGCUGCUGGUGGCGGUGGUGGUGGGGGUGCUGCUGCUGGUGGCAUGAAGUCGAGUGGCUUAAGGAAGGCGUUGGCCAAAUCCAUAUCGCAGAAGCUUGCUCGCAACAAGACCCGCACUCCCUCCCGCAACACCACCUCCUCGUCCUCAACGCCACUCACGCUCGAGCUAGAGGACCUGCGCCUGCGGCCCUGCGAGCUCUCAGAGGAGAUGCUGCGAUCCAUAGGCGCCAUUUACCUCGCCCACGCCUACCCCGCCCUCUGGGGUGCCGGGGAAGGCCGCAGGGCCGCCGCCCUGCUGGCCUCCGAGCAGAAACGUGUGGCUACAGAUGAAAAGAUCGAGAAGAUCCUCAAUCCGACGGCUCUUGAGGUGCUGGCGGUUUCGUCCCGUAGCAGCCCGGGCGGCAAGAAGGCGGGCGGCGGGACGAGGACGAGGAAAAAGUCGGAGGAUCCGUGGGAGGUGGUGGCGGCUGCGCUGGGGAGCGUGGGGCCGGGGGGAGCAGGGGGGGGUGAAUCUGGUGCAGGUGGUAUCUGCCUGUCCCCGCAGCCAAUCAGUGCGUCUGGUUCAGGGUCGAGUCAGGGGGGGGAGGCGGGAGGGGCUGGGAGCCCACAGUAUCACUCCCAGCAGCAGCAGUACCAGUACCAGCAGCCCAGCCCUCUAUCUCCUGGUAGCAACGCCACAACCCCUUCAGCAUCGUCAACAGCAGCUGCUGCAGCUGCUGCUGCUGCAGGCUCAUUGGUCACCACCUCUCCUUCUGUCACCUCCUCGCCCUCCUCCUUCUCCUCCCUCCCCUCUUCUUCCUCCCUCGCCUCCGUCUCCUCCCUGCCCUCCUCCUCCUACUCCAGCAUCCGCAAGGGCGAGGCAGGGUCGCGGUCGCGAAGGGCAUCGGGGUCAGCAGCAGUCCCUACCACUCCCCGCACCGCCUGGCUGCGUGCCUCCCUUGCUGUCUUCCAGAACGCGGACAAGGGCGCAGGGGGGGGGGCGGGAGGGGGAGGAGCGUGGGGGGCAGGCGGUGGGGAGGUGGGGGGGAGUGGGAGUGAGCAGAUGGGGGAGCUGGGGGGGAUAGCUGGGAGUGGGGCUGUGGCCGCUGGCUUGCAGUAUCCUGCCACGAGGAGCAAUAGCUAUGGGAGUGGGAGUGGGUUUGGCAGCAGUGGCAGCUUGAGAAGCAGCAGCAAUGGAAAUGGUGGUGCUACUUCUGGUGCUGGUGGCGCCGGUGGUGGGGGCGUUGGUGCUGGUGAUGCUGCAGGUGCGGCUGGUGCUCUGUUCAGUUCAGCAGACCCUUCCGCUUCACAUGCAAGCACUGACCGCCCUUCCCGCGCCAUCACUCGAACCUCCUCCACCCCUGUCCUCCAUACAGUCAACCCCAUUACCACGCCAGCAGCAGGGAUCACACCAUCAGCACCCAAUUCGACCCCUCCGUCUUCCUCCCCGUUCCCUGCCGCGCCAUCGGCCCCCAUGGGGGGGGGCAUAGCGGUGGGGAGCGCGGCACUGGCAGUGGAGGGGUUUGUGGACCCGUAUGGGGUGCUGGAGUUCCACCCCUGCCCGCCUGUUGGGGCGUAUGGGGCGGCCAUGGAGGUCACGUCUGUGCCCAGCGAUGAUAAAUACAGCAACGUGGAUAUCUUCUCUCUCUGCCGCUACCGGUGGGUGGGUGGCUGCCUGCUGCUCCCCUCUCCUUCCUCGCUGCAGAUUGCGUGUCUUGCUUACUUCUCUCUCCUCCCCUUCCUCUCCCACCACUCCCCGUGCUCCCUAUGCUCCAAUCUGCUGCUCCCCCUGCCACCCUUCUGCCCUUCUCCUCCCCUUUCCUGCUCCCCUUCCGUUCCGCCUCCCCCCGCCUAUUCCCUGAUGCUAGCGGAGCAGCUAUCGGAUCUGGACCCCUCAUACCUCUCCGAGGACGAGAAGCUCGCCUUCUGGCUCAACCUCUACAACGCGCUGCUGCUGCACUCCUUCCUGAUCAACGGCUACCCCACAACGCACGCAAAGCGCAUCUCCAUGCUCACUCAGGCCACAUUCAUAAUCGGCAACCUGCCCAUCAACGCCCUGGAGAUAGAGUUCGCUGUGCUCCGAGCACCCACCUACCGCUCCUCCCUGGCCAAGGCCCUGAAGAGCCGCCCCUUCGCGUAUGACGACCCCAGGGUGGGGUGGGCGCUCACAGUGGGGGAACCCAAUGUAUCCUUCGCUCUCUGCCCUGGAAGCUUCUGCGCACCUGCCCUACGGGUGUACUCGGCUCGCACUGUGCAUGCGGAGCUAGAGGAGGCCAAGGAUAACUUCCUGGAAGUUGCCAUAGGCAUGAGCCGUGAUGACCGAAUCAUUCUUCCCAAGAUUCUUGACUG